AUGAGGCUUAAGCGAAAUUCGUAUGUUGGAGAAAUCUUCAGCUGUCGUCUGAUAUACCAAUUUGACCCACCGAAAAGUUUUGAUGAUUGAAAAUGUGACGUUGACGCAAUCUUGCACCACACUCCAGUGUGUGCAGAGACGUCGGCAGAGUAUGCCACGGACGUAACCGCUUGAUUCCAAGCAGGAAAUCCCUUGGAUCACUUCAGGUAGACAUUGGUCUGUAAAAAAGAAAUGACGCCUGCUGCCGCGUCGCAGGCGAGUAAGAGUAAGCUGGCGACGAGCCGCUGGAAAGUCGUGUUUGCGCUGCUGCUGCUUUUGUGCACCUUCGUCUUCUGCUACUUCACGUUCGUCUGCUCGCCGUACAAACGCUGGCGGCACUUCACCCUGACGCCGCCGCAGCUCAGCCAGCGCACGCGGCUCAUGUCGCGGCAUGGCGGGCCCCUCAAUGGCAGCUUUUACAUGCCGGCGAACAUGCACCGCGGGCCGCCUCCGCUCGACUACAAGUUUGACAUGAACGGCUCCGACGUCGUCGUGUUUCUGCACAUGCAGAAAACGAGCGGCACGGUGUUCGGACGCCACCUUGUGCAUCACAUGGACCUCGACGAGCCGUGCCAGUGCACCGAGGGCACAAAGCGCUGUCGCUGCCUGCGGCCACAGACCACCAACAAGCACUGGCUGUUUAGUCGAUUCUCAACGGGGUGGAAGUGCGGCUUGCACGCCGACUGGACAGAACUGUCCACGUGCGUCGACGACGUCAUGAACACGAAAGUAGAGGGCAGCAUCGCUAGCAGGAGGUACUUCUACGUCACGAUACUUCGCGAGCCGAUGUCACGAUUGAUCAGCGAGUUCCGUCACGUGAGACGCGGCGCCACCUGGAACAAGUCGCGGCACAUGUGCAACGGCCGCUACCCGACGGCGGACGAGCUGCCGCCGUGCUACAAGACGGACGUCUGGGAGGACGUGACGCUCGACGCAUUCCUCGCCUGCGAGUCGAACCUCGCCUUCAACCGGCAGACGCGCAUGCUCGCCGACCUGCGACUGGUCGGCUGCUACGACCGCGACGCCAUGACGACGGACGAGCGCGACGGCGUGAUGCUCGCGAGCGCCAAGCACAACCUCGACAACCUGGCGUUUUUCGGGCUCGCCGAGCAGCAGGAGCUGACGCAGUUUCUCUUCCAGCAGACGUUUAAGCUGCGCUUCACGGUCGUCUUUGCGCAGGCCGACUCGUCGAAGAGCGCCAACACGCCGGUGACGCACGCGCAGAGCGAGCGCAUUCGCUCGCGCAACGUGCUCGACGUCGAGCUGUACCGGCACGCCGAGCGCGUGUUUGCGGCGCGCGUCGCCGCCAUGACGGCGCAAUUCCCCGCCGAAUAUGAACGCUUCGUGAAGGAGGUGAAUGGCGAGUCGGAGAUGGAGUUCCCCGACGGCGGCUCGUUUGCGAAAAUGUCGCACCGCACCAAGUCGGGGCACUGAACCGCACGAGUUGAAGCGCUGAGAUGCACAAAGUCGAGUCACUGAACCGCGCUGCGUCGUGUCGGUGAGUUGAGUCACUGAAUCACAUGGAGUCGAUUUAUUGAGUCACACGGAGUCGAAUGACCGAGUCGCACAGAGUCGAGUCACUGAGACGUGCGGCGUCGAGUCACUGAGGCAUGCAGAAUUGACCCGGUGAAGCGCACAGUGUCAGUCACUGAUGGUAACGCAGUUCAGCGGUCGGUUCUGAAGACGGAUGGACGGUAAAUGUAGAAUUGGUUGUGAUGUCUGGAAACGAACACUAGAGUUCCUUGUGGUCAGCUGUCUCUGCAGCUUCUUCUCUCUCUCUCUCUCUCUCUCUCUCUCUCUCUCUCUCUCCUGUCUGUUAUGUUUCUCUUCAUCUGCCUCCCCCCAUCCAUUCCUCUCCCCUCAUCUCUCUAUUAUUAUUAUCUCUCACCCUUCCUCAACCCUUCCUUCCUGCUCCUCUUUCCCUCAAGUUGAUUGAAGUUUGGCAUGACCAUAGAGUUAGUUGGUUGUUAGGUCAGGACAUAGACACUAGUAUCAUUGGGUAAUAUAUAUAUAUAGAUAUGGAGAGUAGAGUUACAUCAUAUCUUCUCAGUGAGAGUUGGGUCAUGUCUGAUAAUUACUCAGUUUCUCAUCUUUAAAAAUCGUUUUCCUAUAUUGAUAAAUGCCAGUUUUUUUUAAAUUGUAAAAAUGAAUCUGUUAUAAAUAUACAUACUCCUCUUUGUUAAUUAGGUCAAAUUGUUUGAUGGCUCUUUUUAUCCCCUCGAGAGUUAAGUUUUUACCAAGAGGUUGUGUGAAGACUAAAAAGAGAAUGUCAGAGAUGGCAAUACUAUUGCACUUGAUAUGAUUCUAUAUUAAAUCAUGUGCUGAUUGCAUUAAACAUUUGCAUGUUUGCAUUUAUGGCAUUAGUUGGCCUAAUUUUUAUGUUUUUAACUAAAUUGUCAAAGUUUAUAUUACAUUUAAAAUAAAAAUAGUAGUGCAUUAGCAUGUACAAAUAAAGUAGUGUUAGUACAAUAAUAACUGCAUUAUAUUUAUUGCCACCAUCUGUGUUAUAUUGCUUCAAGGUUGUGUCUUCACUUCACCAAUCGGCCUAUCUAAGUAAAGUGAUCAGAAAUUUUGCCAGCGUUUUAUUAGAUCUAACCCCAUAAUGGAAUUCGAAAGUAAAACUACCAUUCAAGCAAUGUAUCCUGUUCAUGCAAUCAUGCUUAGUUGAAUUGUGAGUUGUCAAAAUCUAAUUUACUCUGCUUAAAAUACAUUUAAGCUCGUGGCAUCACACCUAUGGUGUUCCAACUAUAUAAUAUAUAGUAUGUUUGUAGUAACAACACUAGACCGAUUCACCUGCCUCCAUUAACGCCGAUAUUAAUGGAUACAGGCAGGCGGACCUGAGAACAUAAUAUGACAUGUAUAUGUAUGUAAAUACUGUGGAUGUAUGUAUUGUUCACGGGUUCAACCAACUGUCAUUCAAUCUAUGUUUGCAGAGCCAGCUACUCGGUUGUGAAAGUCCAUGGAAAUAAAUACUUUUAUUUGAGUGCUAUUAGAGGAUUUUAAGUAUGGGCAAAACGUAACGAUCGUGGUGCUUGUUUAUAUGCCCAGUACCGUUGCUUUUGAUUUAUAUUUUUUUGUUUUAAUAGAAAACCAACUUGAAAUUGCAGGAUAGAUCUUAGCUCCUUUUGCGUAGCAAUUUGCUCCGUAACUCGUUGUGGAGUUCAGGGUUUCGCAGGUAGAGCUAUGUACGUUGCUGUGUUAUCGUGUACAGAUAAUUAGAGUAACUACUACGAAAGGAUUAUUUUCUUAGAAGCCUAUACCAACUUAUCAUUCUGUAGCGAUGUAACGAUACGUCGUCAGUACAAUCAGCAAUCAGAGAUGAUCCAAUGAGUAUAUUUUUUAUCCUCGUUAACUUGCCAUUGUGCAUCUUUUAACUCUGUGGGUUAGUGCCAUAACGUUAUAGUCAUAUUUCUGUGAAAUUCAAUUCUGUGGAACCAAGUUUUAUUCGUGAAUAACAAUAAAUGAUAUCGUUCCCGAAUUUUA